GUAUGACACAAGUCUUACGAACCUAUAAAUAGAAGAGAUGACAAAAAUGUAGCACAUACAUAAAUUAGUAACAAAAAAACAAAAAAAACAAAAAAAACGUUUCGAAAUGGACGUCGGAAAAUUAUGUCUUCUUGUAAUUUUGAGUCAAUUUGGAAUUUUCUUUGCUGAAGGAAGCGAAGGAGAUUGCAGUGCCUUCUGUGCACAGCCAGCCACGGGGCCCACAUGUAAUAACGUCACUGGUGAUUGCCUAGAUGGAUGUCAGCCGGGGUAUGGUGGUUCGAAAUGUAACAUUCAGUGUUGCUCAUACUGCAAGGACUGUUCAAUAACUCAGGGGAGUGUAACCGCUAUUGAAUGUAGCGAAUGUGUGAAGGACUAUUACCAGAGUGAUGGGGACUGUAAGCCAUGCAGUGAGAAUUGCGCUAGGAAUGAAAGUUCUUCAUUAUCAGUAUGCAGACAGACAGACGGACGAUGUGAAUUCGGAUGUCAGCCUGGCUACUAUGGUGACACGUGCAUGAGUCAGUGUAGCAGUACCUGCCUUGGAAACACGUGCAGUGCUGUUGAUGGAACAUGCAGCAGUGGUUGUGUUCUUCCUGUACUGACGGGAUCAAAAUGCAUGGCUUCCUGUAGUGAAGGUUGUGUAAAGCGCGAGUGUAGCCAGACUGGUUCCUGCCUAAACAGCUGCACUCCUCAUUUCUGGGACACCGACUGUCAGAACCCAUGCAGUCCCAACUGUUUCAGACCUGUUGAUCUAGACACAAGAGUUUGUAAUGAGACAACUGGCUAUUGUAUGCAUGGAUGUGUAAACAGUACAUACUGGGAUAGUAACUGUAGUACGGAGUGUAGCCGAAAUUGUGCCAACCAGAAAUGUGACUAUUUAACCGGUGACUGUAUGGAUGGCUGCGUGGAUGAAUUUGAAGGUCCAAAAUGCGCAGAAAGAAUAAAGGCAGACAACACUGUAAGGACAAUAGCAAUAGGAGCAGGAGUUGGCGGCCUUGUUGUCAUCAUAAUCAUCGUUGUCGUAGUGAUCGCGUGCUGGAGAAGAAAGAGAAAUAAAUUUUAGACAUGCACAGGACGUUUUAGUGUUCUUAGUCACUCAGCAUUUCAUUAAAUGUUUCUGUUUUUGAAUAGUGAUGAUAGAUAAUGCUGACUAAACCACCUCCUAAUUAACGCUACACAUCGAGUACUUUAGUCAGAUUGCAUAACAUAGAUUCUAUUUAGUUGUGUUAAAAUUAAAGUCAUCACCGAAUUUAAAAUCAGACUUAAAACCAAGAAAAAGACAAUUUAUCACAGUUCUACCACGUGUGCCAUGGAAUUUCAUUCACAAUGACUUAUAGCCGUUUCCGGUUUUGUAAACCCGGUGUCAGCAUAGUAAUAAAUUAAUUAAAUAUUUUACAUAGUUACAAAGGCAUGCCUUGAGAGGCACAUCACAGAAUCAUAUCGUAACAAUUCAGUAUCAACAUUAAUAUACAGAUAGUCACCAUU